AUGGCAGUGCUAGCCUACUUCCUGAUUUUGCUAUCAGAAGUGGUUUAGCAUGAAGCUGUCAAUAUAAAGUACUCUCAAUAUUAUAGGAACCUACUUGAAGACAAUGUUAUUUAUUAGCUUAAUCAAGAACAAUUUGAUAUAGGGAUCUCUUUCCUAUACCUUGGUCCAGAUUCAUAAUUGCAAGAAGAACUAGAUACAUACUUUUCUGUUCAAAUAUCUCAAGUUACAUCUGAAUAAGUCACUUCAGAUGGUAAAUCAUCUUAAUAUGGUUAAGAUAUCUUAACUUGGGUCAAUGAAAAAUUUGAAUUGGAAUAGUGCUAGUCUGGUAGAUUAUCUAAUGAAGACUAAACGCUAGAUACAGGUGGAAUGUGGUGUGCAAAGAAUUUUUAGAUGAAAUUAUAGGGUAAUAUAGCGAGCAAAAAAAGAAGAUUAGGUGUAACUGAGAUACUCUAUUGCUAGUAGUAUAUUCUUGAUUAAAUUAAACCAGGUAAAACUUGCAAAAGUAAAAAUGAGAUCAACUCUAUAUUAUCAAUGGUAGUUGUUACCAUUGUCUAAAAAGAAUAGUACUUUGACACGAAAGAAUUUAGUCAAAAUCCUAUUAAGCUCUCCCUUUAAGCUUUUCCUCUAGAGUUAAAGGAGAAUUUAUCUUAAGUAUCCUAUUUCAAAAUUAGUAGAAAUGAAUUAUAAUUAAAAGACUCUUGGUUUAGUAGUCAAAUUUAGGGAGUGGAAUAAGAAUAUUAUAAAUCAAAAUAUCAAGGUACUACAGUUUCAUCAUCAGGCUUCACCUAUUAUGAUAGGAUUUAAAGCAUUCAAUAUUACAUGAGCGAGGAUGUCGAGAUAGUUGAGAGAAGUACAGAUACAAUCCUUGAGAUAUUCUCUUAAGUAGGAGGAUUAAUGUGCAUGAUUACAACUUUAUUAUCAUUUGUCUCUGGAUCCAUAUAGGAAUUUCUAUUUAAAUCAAGUAUCCUAAAAAAGUCAUAUGAAUACAAUCACAUAAAAUAUGUCCAAAAUGUAGAGAAGGCUCUUAGCAAAAAAUAAAAAAAGAAAUAAUCAGAAUAGGAAACAGGAAGAGAUUUAACAAAUAAUUCUCUUGAUGUUCUUAACACUAAUCUAGAGAAUAGUAACUAAUUCUUAAAUAUUAAAAAGGUUAAGCUUAAAUCUCAUAUUUAGUAGCUUUAAGAAUCAAUGUUGUGCAUCAAAAAGAUCUUACUAUCAAUUCAAAUUAAAGAAUAAAUUGUAUGA